UCACUUUAAUUUUCAUUUUAAUCAUCUUCUUUACUUCAUAAUUAUUCAUUUUGUAUCUUCUCAAACACAAAAAAUAUAUAUAGAUAUACAUUUUUUCUUAAAUCAUACAUAGAAUAUGUGACAUUAUAUUUAUAAAUAUUUUUAAAAGUUUAGUCAUUUUUAUGGCUAUGUUUGAUGGAAUUUUUAUAAGAUGAAUACGAUGAAUGUGAAUAUUAAUAAUAAAAAUAAAAUAAAAGUAAAGAGUCGAUCCUAAAUGAGUGGGGAGGUACCGUUGUAGGCCACGUCGAGCAAUCUCCGGUGGAGGCGUGGAUUUCAAGACGAGGGUUGCUAAAAUUCAAACAGAAGCUCACCAUUUUCAGUAUUUAAAGAAGAGGGUAGAGACAGCGUGAGAGCAUUCCGCACCUUAAUCGGCACACAUACCCAACUCAUAAAUCCAUCUUUACUUUCAAGUUAUGGCCACUCUUCUUGUUCCUCAUGAUGUUCCUCCCCCAAAUGUUGAUGCAGAAGCCAUUAAAGCCGCUUUCCGAGGCUGGGGUACUGAUGAGAAGGCCAUCGUUGCCGUUCUGGGUUACAGAAAUGCACCUCAGAGGAGGCAAAUCAGGAUUGCUUACGAACAGCUCUUCGAAGAGGAUCUUGUUAAGCGCUUUGAAUCUGAGCUCUCUGGCCACCUCGAGAGAGCUGUAUACCGAUGGAUACUAGAUCCAGAGGACAGAGACGCUGUGUUGGCUCACGUCGCCUUAAGGAAGCCCAAUGAAGAUUUUGCAGUUCUUGUUGAAUUUUCUUGCAUUUACUCUCCUGAAGAGUUCUUGGCAGUCAGAAGAGCGUAUCAACACCGGUACAAGCGAUCAUUAGAGGAAGAUGUUGCCGCCAACACUCACGAUGAUUUUCGCAAGCUAUUGGUGGGGUUGGUGAGUGCAUAUCGUUACAAUGGUGGAGAGAUAGAUGCAAGAUUAGCCAAAUCAGAAGCUGAGAUACUUGAGCGUGCAGUUAAAGACAAAGCCUUCAAUCAUGAAGAUGUUAUAAGGAUCCUAACCACAAGGAGUAAGGCACAGCUGAUUGCAACUUUCAAUCACUACAAAGAUGCCAAUGGUAUUUCUAUCUCUAAGCAAUUGGGCCAAGAUCGUGCUGCCAAUGAGUUCACAGAAGCACUUAAAACUGUGAUUCGAUGCAUCAACGACCCUGUAAAAUACUACGAGAAGGUGGUGCGAAAUGCAAUCAAGAAGGUUGGGAAGAGCGAUGAGGAUGCAUUGACUCGCGUGGUGGUGACGAGGGCGGAGAAAGACUUGAGGCAAAUAAAGGAGGCUUAUCACAAGAGAAACAGUGUUACCCUUGAUGAUGCUGUGAAAAAGGAGACCUCUGGCGACUACAAGCACUUCAUCCUUGCUCUUCUUGGUAACCAAACUGAGUAAAAGCACUGCUUCUUGAAUCCACAAUAACAUAUAUUACGUAUGAGUGUUUUAAUCGGCUUGUAAGUAGUUGGUUUAUUAAAAUAAUAAGCUGCUUCGUGCUCUUGAGACUUGUUGUGUUUGUUGAAGAAUGCUUGGUUUUGUAAUGAGGACAUAUUUAUAUUAAUUAAGCUGUGUGUUGUUCUAAA